AUGUUUAUGGAAAAAAAAAAUGUAAAUGUUGGUUUAGAAAAUAUUGAAGAUGAUCCUGGGCAUAAUAUAAUAGAGCCAAAAUUAUCAGGGGAAUUAUUAGGUAAUAUUGUUGUUGAUAAAUUAAAAGAAAUGACGUUGGACUUAGAAAAUUGCAUUGGUAUUGGAACUGAUGGUUGUUCGGUGAUGAUUUCUAUAAUGCGAGGUGCAGUACAGCAAAUUCAAAAAAGUUGUAAAAAUGCUGUCCAUAGCCCAUGUUCCAAUCAUGCGUUAAAUUUAUCCAUAUCCAAAUCAUCCAACGUGCAAUUUGUUAGAAAUAUUAUGGGUACUAUCCAACAAGUUUUGUCGUUUUUUAAUCAAUCGUCAAAAAGAAAUUUUUUGUUAAAAAAUACAUUAAAAGGCUGUAAAAGAUCAUUAACAUCAUUGUGUGAAACUAGAUGGGUGGAACGACACAAUUCUAUUUUUGAAUUUCAAUCAAACUUAAAAAAUAUUAUUAUGUGUCUUGAAAGCAUAUCUGAAUGGGACGAACAGAUAUCAUCUUCUAAAGCCAAAUGUUUACUCAAUAGUAUUUGCAAUUGUGAGUUUGUUAUUACACUUUUUACACUUUCUAAUGUUUUAUCCAUUACUUCAGCAGCAAGUAAACUGUUACAAAAGGUAGAAUUUGACAUAGCUGAUGCAUUUAAUUGUAUAAAUGACAUCAUAACAAUAAUAGAGAACAAACGUACAAAUUGUGAAAAUAUAUUUCAUAAUAUUUUUGAAGAAAGUAAGACUGUCAUGACUGAUCUUGAUAUUGAUAUUAAAUUACCCAGAAUCACUAUACGUCAAACACAAAGAUCCAACACACCUGCAACUUGUCCUGAAGAAUAUUAUAGACGUGUACUGUUUAUUCCUAUUCUUGAAAAUGUCAUAGAAGAUUUAAAAGCACGGUUCUUGAAUGAAAAAAAUAAAACUAUUUUCAUACUUAUGCAACUGGUUCCAAUUAAUGUCAUAAAGAUCUCUCAGGAUCUUGAAAAUACUUUGGUUGAAACAUUACUGAAACAUUACUCGUUUAUAAGUUUCAAUACAUAUUCUCUCAAGGGUGAGAUGGAAUUAUGGAAAACAAAGUGGGAACAAAUAAUUUGCAAAGGGUUACAAAUUCCAAACAAUGUAUUCAAUGCUAUCGAAGAAUGUCCUGAUAUUGUUUUCCCUUGUAUUAGAAAAAUUCUUUUUAUAUUAUGCACUCUUCCAGUUAGUGUAGCAACUGCAGAACGCAGCUUCUCAACUCUUCGCAGAUUAAAAAGUUGGUUAAGAAGCCGAAUGAAUGAGGAGAGACUGACUGGAUUAGCGCUUUUAAACAUUCAUAGGAAUGAACCGAUCAAUAUAGACAACAUUAUUGAUCGUUUUGCUGCUUCCAAUAAACGAGCUUUGGAGUUUGUUAUAUAA